AUGUCUCGUGUGCUCUUCAGACACCCGUGCCGUACAAGUCGGCAGCCUGUAGCACCAGCUAUCAGACUCGCCACCCGAGCACACAGCAAAGGCAGCCAUGGCUUCUCGACUACGCCGACAAGACAAAACCUAAUGGAGACGACGGGCUUCACGGAAAACCAGCUCUCAGUCCGGGAGGCGGUAGGGGCGGUUUGUGCCCAGUUCCCCAACACAUACUGGCAGGACAAGGACCAGCGGGAGGAAGACCCGUCCGAAUUCCACGCCGCGCUCGCGAGGGGCGGCUGGUUGGGGAUAGCGCUGCCGGAGGAGCUAGGCGGGUCCGGGUUGGGCAUCUCGGAGGCGACCAUGAUGAUGCAGACCGUAACAGAGAGCGGGGCGGGUAUGGCGGGUGCGCAGGCCAUUCAUGCCAAUGUGUAUGCGACGCAACCACUUGCGCGGUUCGGCACGAGACGCCAGCUAGAAAGCAUUAUCCCGCACAUAGUUUCCGGCAAGUGGCGGACGUGCUUUGGCGUCACAGAGCCAAAUUCCGGCCUCGACACGCUGCGCCUGGGCACCGUGGCGAGGCGGCAGGCGGACGGGUCUUACCGCGUCACGGGCCAGAAGAUCUGGAUCACCUGUGCCCAGGUCGCGCGAAAGAUGAUGCUCCUUGCGAGGACGACUGCGCUGGCCGAGGUGCAGAAGCCCAGCGAGGGGCUGUCCAUGUUCUGUAUUGAUCUCGACCGUGAGCAGCCCGGGUUGGAUAUCCGGAAGAUCAGAAAGAUGGGUGGCAGGGCCGUUGACGCUAACGAGGUGUAUUUUGACAAUUAUGCCAUCCCGCCCGAGUCGCUUGUUGGCGACGAGGGAAAAGGCUUCAAGAUGAUCCUGCACGGCAUGAACGCCGAGCGCUGCCUGCUUGCCGGUGAAGCUUUAGGGCUUGGUUAUGCUGCGCUGACAAGAGCUGCCGAGUAUGCCAGGGAUAGGACCGUCUUCCAGCGUCCGAUAGGCAUGAACCAGGGAAUCUCUCAUCCACUGGCUGAUGCCUUCAUGAAGCUCGAGGGGGCCAAGUUAGCGACAUACCACGCAGCGAGGCUAUUUGAUGCCGGUAGGAACGAUGCUUCGAUACGGCCAGACCAGAUCGGGGUCGCCUGCAAUAGUGCCAAGUACAUGGCCGCAGAGGCAGCUUUCGAGGCUUGUGAGAGGGCCAUUCUGACACACGGCGGCAUGGGCUACGCCGCGGAAUACGAUGUUGAGAGGUGGUUCCGCGAGUGUCUCGUCCCGAGAAUUGCGCCUGUAAGCCGCGAGAUGAUUCUAAAUUACAUCAGUGAGAAGGUUUUGAAGCUACCCCGAAGCUAUUAG